AUGCUACCCGAUGUUUCAUCCGUGACGUUUCUCUUCCCACCAAACCCGACAUUAACGAAGCAGAUCCGAUCCACGUAUCUCGAGCCCAACCUGGCGCUCUAUGCCCGAAACUCCUAUGUAUAUCGAGAAGGAACUUCCCUUAAGCUCAUGGGAGAGCCAUGGACUGCGGAAGGCGCGAACGUGUACUGGCUUGGACUGGAUGAGAAUGUGAUUCCUCCCAAGGGAGAACCAUUUUACCCCCCACUCAACGCAAGCUACCCCACCAAAGGACGGACAACUGAGGUGAUGAAUACUUUGGUCAUGAUGGGUGCGACGCUCAUCAGGGCUCAUACUCUGGGCGUCAGCGUCGGUAAUCCGUUGAGCUUGAGCCCGUCCUUGGGGGUGUACAACGAUGCAGCUUUCGAGCCCAUGGACUGGGCUGUUUUCCAGGCACGACAGCACGGAUUGAGAAUUAUGGUUCCAUUAACUGAUAAUUAUGAUUACUACCAUGGUGGAAAGUUCACCUUCCUCCGCUGGGCAGGCUACAACAUCACCGGCAGCCAAUCUCCCCUGACACCAGAAACAAUGUAUUUCUACACCAAACCCAAAGUGGUCACCUAUUUCAAGAAUUACAUCCAUUAUCUACUCACGCACGUGAAUCCCUACACUGGUCUUUCAUAUGCUGAAGACCCGACAAUCAUCGGCUAUGAGACGGGUAAUGAACUGGACGGUGGAAAAUUCAAAGAUAAAAACGUGCCAAUAGCAUGGAUUCGAGAAAUCUGCCGCUUUGUCAAGAAACUCGGCCCAAAGAAACUCUGCAUUGACGGCACCUACGGUGUAAACAGCACCCACUUUGCCGUCUCCGAGGUCGACGUCUUCAGCAACCACUACUACCCGCUCAACAAUAGCAUCCUCACCACCGAUAUCGCCGCGGUUCAAUCCGCAAACCGCGUCUACUUAGCUGGUGAAAUCGCAUGGACAGGCAUGAAAGGGGAUUCGUUACAAAGCUUCUACGACAUCAUCCUGAAACAGCAAAAUUCGAGUUCCCCGGUGGUGGCAGGGAGUCAGAUUUGGAGUUUGUUUGGACAUAAUGUGCCAGAUUGUUCGACAUAUAUCAACCACACGGAUGGGUACUCGCUGAUGUAUGGUAAUCCCAACAAUAGUGCGAAGAUUGAUGCGCAGAUCAGCACGAUCAGGCAGCAUUAUUUCGCCAUGCAGAAUAUUACCGUGGAUAGCUAUUUGCCGGCUGUGGCGUGCCCGCAGAAUUAUAUUCCGGGGUAUGAUGCGGAGUAUACUUAUAUGUAA